AUGGCUGACGAGAUUAUUUGGCAGGUGGUAAACCAGAGCUUUUGUGCUUUCAAAUUGAAGACUACAAAAGAGCAGAAUUUCUGUCGUAACGAAUACAACGUCAGUGGGUUGUGUUCAAGGCAGUCCUGCCCACUAGCAAACUCCAAAUACGCUACAAUCAAGCAGAUCGAUGGCAAGUUGUACUUGUACAUGAAAACCGUUGAAAGACAGCAUACUCCAUCGAAGCUCUGGGAACGAAUUCGUUUGUCCAAAAACUACCAGACUGCUCUCAAACAGAUCGACCAGCAUCUACUUUACUGGAACAAAUUCUCCAUUCACAAAUGCAAACAGAGGCUAACCAAGUUGACCCAGGUCAUGAUAACAGAGAGACGCUUGCUCUUGAAGGAAAAUGACCAGGAGAGACAUUUGGUCGGUGUCAAACACAAAAUCAAAAGAAGAGAGGAAAAUAGAGAGAGAAAAGCAUUGGCUGCUGCUAGAAUUGAAAAAGCUAUUGAAAAGGAAUUGCUAAACAGAUUGAAAUCCGGUGCUUAUGGCGACAAACCGCUAAAUGUCAAUGAAGAGAUAUGGAAAAAAGUGCUAAAUCAAGUCAAUGAUGAAAUCGAGAAUCAAAUCGAAAAUGAAAAUGAAAACGAACUAGAAAAUGACUACGACGAGAAUGAGGAUGAAGAAAGUGAUAUAGGAGAAAUCGAAUAUGUUGAAGAUGACGGUGAGCAGGACAUGGUAAAUAUCGAAGAUUUGGAAAAAAUGCUAGACGAUGGUAUAUCUGACCAACACGAAUUGGAAUUAUCCGACGAAGAAGAUGACACCAUAACUAAAACCAAAAGAAAUUCAAAGAAAAGAUCUAAAACCAAAAAUGAUUCUAAGAAAUCAAAAAUACGUCGUAUACCUAGAAUGGAAGUGGAAAUUGAAUAUGAACAUGAUCAA